CACUGGAGCUCACCUGCAGCACAGACUCAACGCAAUGUUUUGAUUUGACUUAUUUUAAUAUUCACAUGUAACUGUUGUGUUUAUUAUUCAAUUAUUCGUGUUUAGAAAAUCCAGUCUUUUCACCCGAAACUCGCCUGUAAACAUGCUUCGAAAGCUAGCGGUACUGGUUCCAGUUGGAUCACGAAUGCUUUCCUCCAACACUGCCGCAGUGGUUAAGGUACAUCGCAGCAUUUACGCAAGACGCUACCCGACGAUGGUGGUGCUUCCGAACGGAGCCACAAUUAAUGUGAAUUAUCACGAACCGAGAAGAAUCAUCAAGCUCCCACUAGAUUUGAGCCUCUUAUCGGAAGCGGACAGAAAGGCACGACUGGAGAAGCGGAAACCGAAACAAAUUCUCCGCAUUGAGGAUGAAGUCGAGGAUAAUUUCAACGCUAGGAAGUACGUGAAUUUCAUUAAAAAGAAGUAAGGUGGACGUCGGUAGCUGGUAGUGUGUACAUUGAUUUAAUAAAGGUAGAGUAAACAUAUUGGAAA